AUGUACGACGACCUUCUACGUCUGGAACUGUCCGGGAAGCGUGCGGACAUUAUUGGAUUUGCGGAUGAUGUGGCGUUCACCCUUAUCGUUAGUGACCCACAGGAAAUCAGCAACCAUGCUACGAGGAACCUGGAGUUGAUCGAGCGUUGGAUGGAUGCAGUAGGUCUGAGGCUGGCCCAUCAAAAGACCGGCUACAUGAUCUUCUGCACACAUCACAACCCGCAAGGCGUGGGUUUUUUCGGAGCUACUUCGUAGAGAAAAGCAUCCUCGACGGCUCGCCAAACUGCCCGGUGUGUGAAC